UAAGAAACUGUAGUUAUUGACUUGGGUUUGUGCUAGAAUUAUCCAAGAAAAAUGCAUUUGUGAGAAAAUAUUCUACAGACAUGAAAACCUCAUUGUACAUUUCUUAAACACUGUGGUUGCUUAUACAACCUCCCUCUUUUUAUAACCACAUUGCCUGUCAUGUGAGUGGGUGGGAUGCAAUGCUUUGUUAUUAGCAGCAAAAAUGGUCUUGUAUUUUGUGUUUAAGCUUCUGAGCAGCAGAAGAGUUCAUGUGCAUUACGACUGCUAUAUGUGAGCUGAUUGGUGUGGAAUAGAUUUCUAAGGAGGAACACAAGAUAUCCAUUUAUUUGCCAUUUCCGUUUAUCUGCAUCAUUUUGGCCUGAGAUCAUGAAACGGUUGCUGUUUCUGGAUAUAAUACUUUACGGCAUCUUGUUCAGCAAAACCUGGGCCUGGAGUGUUAAAAUGCCUUCAGUCAUUCAUGGCCUACACAAAUCCUGCCUCGUUAUACCAUGUAGAUUCACCUAUAAUUGGAGUCCUCCUAACAACCCAAAUCGGAUAGUGUGGUAUCAGUAUGUUAACCGUGGAUAUCCUCUAGUGUUUGAUGCCUGGUACCCUACUUCAGUGAUUGAUAAGUACAGAGGAAAAACCAGAUUAUAUUCGGAACAACAUGGGAACUGCAGUCUAGUGAUUCAGCACCUUAGUCCUUCCCAUCAUGGAGACAGAAUAUAUACUUGGGUAGACCCUGAACAUAUUGGAUGGACAACCUUCAAAUUCUAUCAUUUUAGUACUUUAAUCCAUAUUGAUUCAUAUCCACAAAACCCCAUUGUUGACAUUUCUGGAGGUCAGAAAAUUGGGAACAACAUUACAGUUCAGUGCAGAACGUAUCACACGUGUCCUUACAGACGACCCUCUAUGAGUCUGAGUGGGAUAGAGAAUAAAUCCAGAACAGACGAAUUGAAAGAUAUAGACAUUGGUGAUGGCAAAUGGGAAAUCACACUGACACGUGUAGGGGUUGUUUUGGCUGAAAGUAACAACAUUCAAUGUUCUGUUACACACCAUGGGGGUUUGUCUGCGGUCACCACAACAACACAUAAUGCCACAUGUACAUAUAAGGAUAUAACCAUUAACCCUGAUGUGGCUGAUGUUGUAGAGGGUGUUGGAAAGAAUUUCACUUGCACAGUUUUCCAUUCUUGUAAGGGUCAUCCUCCAGUUUUCACCUGGAACUACAAAGAUUUACCAGAGACUGUGGAGACUAAAAAAGGCCUUUCAUUACCCUGGGCCACCUACUCCAAUAUAUUAUAUAUAGCUUCACUGGAGGAUGAUGGCAAGAAAUUGACAUGUACUGCAACAUUUCCGGGUGGAAAGAUUACAUCUUCUAUUGUUUUACAGGUUCAAAGUCUACAAUAUGUGCCCAAAGUGGUGGAUCCCUUUGAGAAUGACACUCUUCACAUUUUUGAGGCAAACGUGGUACCCAAGAUCAGUGCUCUGACCCGCUCUUGUGUGGUGAUACCCUGUACUUUCCAGACUGGUGACAUGCCUAUUAUGCGCCUUCGAGGUUUGUGGUACACCAGUAAUGGUGAAUAUGUUUACCACACCGGACAGUUUGAUGUUAUGGACAACUUUAAGGGCCGCACGCAGCUUCUGGGAAAUCCGGAUGAACAGAACUGCACUUUAGAGAUUGAUAAUGUCCAAGCCCAUGAUAAUGGGCCAUUCUGUUUCCAUGCAGAAAAAGGCAAUGAUAAGUACAGAUUCAACCACAGCUGUGUGUUCAUCAUUAUGAAAGCAUCUCCAGACAAACCUGUGAUAUCAGCUCUUCCAGAGGAGAUGGAGCCAGGCAAGCGAUUCACAAUAAAGUGUACUGUUACGCAUACGUGUUCCUCACAUCCCCCAAAAAUCACAUGGAAUGUUCAGGCUGCCCGAGAAGUGGUGAGCCAUGUGGAGAAAAGUGCAGGUAAAUGGGAAACAACCUCCACAAUUACUUUCAUCCCAACUGGCUAUGAAAAAGAAGAUAAUCUCAUUUGUCAAGCUACUUUCUGGAGAGGAAAGAAAGAAGAAAGCUCAACAUUUUUAAGUGUGAAACGAUAUGAAGGACUGGGUAUGGAGACUGUGGGACUUUAUAUAAUUCUGCCAUUGUUUUCAUUUUUCCUUCUUUCUAUUGUUGCUGGAAUUAUCAUUUAUAGGAGAAAAGUCCAGAAGAAAACUAGUGAUGAACCAACUGAAAGAAGAAGAUCAAUUUGGACUCAAAUUUCAAGGAGACAUGAUGGUGCUGCAAGUUGGUUAAACUCUUCUGUGGAAACCUGCAAACCUCCAAGGCCUCCAAAACCAGAGAAAAGGCGUAGCAUCUGGAGCAGGUUUUCUAGGAGGGGUCCAAUGGCCAGUACAGAUCUGACAGUGCAGUACCAUGGUGACAGAACAAACAUUGGCAGUGCAGCAGCCACAUCUGCAGGAUUCUCUAAACCCCACUUUCCAUCACCAAAGAGCAUUAUGAUAAGGAUGAUUACACCAACACUGGAGAUUUCAAAAUGCAUCGAAAAAUGUAAUGAUGACAGAAGACAGAGUCUUCUACUUCUACUAUGCAAAAGUGCUGUUACUGCUGUUUAGUUUUUUUAGUUUUUGUUUUUUUUUUCCAAUAAGGCUUGGCUAAUUUGAAUCUUAUGCAGUUUUUACUUAUGCUGCUUGUGUAGAAUAGUCAAAAAACAGAAGUAGUUACCAUAACACAUAACAGGUGUUUUGUAAUGCCACAUAAAAUAGUGAUAUAAGGAAAAGCAACUUGGAUACUGAGAAUACUGUAAACAUUUUUGUUCUUCAACAUUAAAAAUGUCAUUUCAUUUUCAGAUAUAUGUAUAUAUGUAUAUGCUGGCAAUAUGAUUCAUAGACACCAUGUUAUAACAUAUUGUCUCUGACAAAUUCUUUAUGUAUUAUGUUAUGGGCAUGUGGAAUGAGAAUAAAGACUGGAACAUUU